CAAGCUUACCCAUACGUCAGAGGUUUUGGCAGCCCGCGGGUGAACUAUUUUCUUCAUUGUUGACCUUUCCUAAAUCUUAGGUGUAAUUAUUUCAUCAUUAGACGUACUCUGGCUGCACCCUUAUUAUCUAGUAUACAUAUUUAGUCAAAGUUUCGGCGAUGGACUCCGAAGAUGACACAAAGGAUGAUGUGGAUUCUGGGAAUGAGUCUAGCGGAGACGAUGUCGACUUUGCAAUGGACGUUGAGACACACAGUACACGGGAACGACAAACGGAGCUUGAGGAAUAUCGAUAUGAGGUGUUAUCCACGGAGGAAAUCGUUCAGCAUAUGGUUGACUGCAUCAAAGAAGUGAACACUGUUGUCGAGAUACCAGCAACAACAACCCGCAUACUCUUAAACCAUUUCAAAUGGGACAAAGAAAAGCUCAUGGAAAGAUUCUAUGAUGGGGACCAAGACCAGUUGUUCUCUGAAGCUAGAGUCAUUAAUCCAUUCAGAAAACCAGUCAUACAAAGGCCGAAGUUGCCCAGACGGAUAUCAACAUCAGGGACAGAGGAAUGCGAAAUAUGUUUUUCAGUUCUUCCAACAUCUCUGAUGACGGGUCUGGAGUGUGGCCACAGAUUCUGCACACAAUGUUGGUGUGAAUAUUUAACUACUAAAAUAAUGGAGGAGGGCCUAGGUCAGACAAUAGCGUGCGCGGCUCACGCGUGCGACAUCCUCGUGGACGACGCGACCGUCAUGCGACUGGUGCGGGAUCCGCGCGUCAAGCUCAAGUACCAACACAUUAUCACCAAUAGCUUUGUUGAGUGCAACCGGCUGCUACGCUGGUGUCCGUCCCCGGACUGCAGUAACGCGAUCAAGGUGGCGUACGUGGAGGCCGCGCCCGUCACCUGUCGCUGCGGACAUACCUUCUGCUUCGCCUGCGGGGAGAAUUGGCAUGAUCCCGUACGCUGCUGUCUGCUCAAGAAGUGGAUUAAGAAAUGCGACGACGAUUCGGAAACGUCGAAUUGGAUCGCAGCGAACACAAAGGAGUGUCCGAAGUGCAACGUGACGAUCGAGAAGGACGGCGGCUGCAACCACAUGGUCUGCAAGAACCAGAACUGUAAGGCAGACUUCUGCUGGGUCUGUCUCGGACCCUGGGAACCGCACGGCAGUAGCUGGUAUAAUUGUAACAGGUACGACGAGGACGAGGCGAAGGCAGCGCGCGACGCUCAAGAAAGGUCACGUGCGGCGCUGCAGCGCUAUCUGUUCUACUGCAACCGUUACAUGAACCACAUGCAGUCACUGCGCUUCGAGUCCAAGCUCUACGCCUCCGUCAAGGAGAAGAUGGAGGAGAUGCAACAGCACAACAUGAGCUGGAUCGAAGUCCAAUUCUUGAAGAAGGCGGUAGACAUCCUGUGCCAGUGCCGACAGACCCUGAUGUACACGUACGUGUUCGCGUACUACCUGCGCAAGAACAACCAGUCCGUCAUCUUCGAGGACAACCAGCGCGACCUGGAGUCCGCCACGGAGACCCUCUCCGAGUACCUCGAGCGGGACAUCACCAGCGAGAACCUGGCUGACAUCAAACAGAAGGUCCAGGAUAAAUAUAGAUAUUGCGACAGCCGGCGCAAGGUGUUGCUGGAGCACGUGCACGAGGGCUACGAGAAGGACUGCUGGGACUACACAGAGUAACUUGCCUCCAUUACACACACACUCGCACCGGCCACACACCGCCGCCCCACGUUGGGCGCCAACUCGCCACUCUCCCGCGAUCACUCCCGCGUCACGCUUCUCUUUCUAUCCUAUAUAGACUAAAGGCUGCGAACAAAAUCACAUUAUAUUACCUUUCACAUCGAAUUCAAUAACUACUUUAAUGAGAGAACUCAUUUCUAUACUGACUUAGAAUAAUUGAUGUGGAUAGUGAUUAGUUGGAAGGUUCUAGAAUUAUUCCCGCUGGUCCAAGUUCAGCUUUAGCAUAAUAAACCUAACAUGUUUAACUAUAAACAACCCAUGUCUGUAAUGAUUCUAAAUAUAUCUGUAAUUAAGAAGCCGGUCUUCCGUAAAGACAAGGGAUUUUUGACUUUUGAAAUAGUAAUCUACUUAAUAACUACUCAACUCGAUAGGCACUUGAGAGCUAAUUAUGUAAAUGUAAAAACUAUUUCAUGACGAUGUAAAUAGGAAUAAUUAACAAAUUGAAAUCAAACAUUAAAAGUUUUAUGGCGCUAGACGCAAUCAUUGUUUUUGCAGCUUGAUUAGUCACAAUUUUUAAUAUAAAUAGGUAAUGUUUUAUAAAUCCUAAGGCCACCAUAAUUAUUGUUGUAUUAAUUCAACGACGAUAUAAUUCAAAGUAAUAUAAAUGGUUUAUUUUCGUAAACGAACGGCUUUUAUUGACGUCUUCCUCCUGGUGAUGCGGACCUAUGCUCAGUUGUCGAUCACGGACUACCACGGACCGUACCAAAGACCUCAGUUAAAAUGUCCAAAAUUUGCAUAGAGUGACAAUAACAUACACAUUAUAGUAAAUAUGUCUGCAAAUUGUCUUCGAUUAACCUUUUCAACGCCACGGCCAUCUGUACACAUCAAAUGAUAAAAUGCUCGCGACAUCAUAUUUUCGAAGACCGACAGGGUCCAUAAUUGUGACUUAAUACUGUAUUUUCACCACCUAUGUACAUUAUGGAUGCAAUAAAUACUUGAAUACGUCUGUGGCGUCGCGAGUGUUUUUUAUUUGGCGACUAUAUAGAUGUUUAUGGAGGUUGCUAGGUCCUGUUUCUGUUAGACAGUUUGGGAAAUGAGUGUACAAGUAUGUAUGCUGUUACAAAUUCAUUCUUAGUUGGCUCACAAUCUUAAGAGAAGUUUAUUUUACAAAACUAUUGAGAAGUCAUAUCACAUGUCCAGAUCUACCACGAUUAGACACUAAAUUUGAAGGUAGUCCUAAUAUUUUCUUAUUGUUAAAUACCUUAUUACAUAUUAAAGAACCAAAUCUAAUAUAUUAAUGUCAAUAGUCUGAUUGUCCAUGACAUUUAAUGAAGAAAUAAAUACAUUUCCCUAGUAUUUGGUGCAAUAUAGUAAUUUCUUUCUUUGGAUAUUGAAUUCAGUAUAGUUUUAGAACAUCAAGAUAUUUUUAGACUUAUUUUGAGUUAAAAAUUUUAAGACGUGUGUUUUAGAUUACAAAAUUCUUGAUCGUGAAUGUACUGUAAGUACAUUGCCUACCUCUUCCUUCAUAGAUUCUUAAUACCUUAUGUCUAAGCCGCAGUAUUGUUUACAUUUCAAAACAUUACUUUAAUUUACUUUCGGCAUAAUUCUUUUGUUCAGAUUUCCGUAGAAUUAAAAAAAUAUAUGUAUUGCUGAAAUAUUUUCCAUAAGUCGAGAGAGACUCGUACACAUUACACACGAGGAUAAAUACAUUAAUAAUAGUUAUAGUAUUUUAACUUCAAAAAUAAAAAAGAGUAAAAAUAUAAGAUAUCAAGAGUUUGAUACCAAUAUGGUAUAUUUUUUUCAUCGAAUUACUGAACUAAUUGCCUAGCUUUUGUUUCUAUGAGAAAUCGGUCGAUAAUGCCAAAAAAGGCUAUAAAUUAUGUAUUAUUUGGCUAUAUGAGAGGGACAUGGAGUAAAAUAUAAAUUGUUAGUUCUAAUUUUCACUUAUUUUUGUGGUAAAACGUGUGUGUGCCAGUGUUUCAUGUGUGAUCAGGGCAGGCAACAAAAUGCUUACUUUUUUAUCGUAAUACUGAAAAAAGAAACUAUCGGAUGCGGUCACUUUGUCCCUAGCAUUCAUUUUCCUAAUUUUCUCUUCAUAAAACCUUUUUAUCAUACAAAAAUCUUCAGAAUUUAAAAAAUGUUAUUUUUCUGUCAAAUUGCAAAGAUGAGGUGGGCCGCGACCAACAGUUUUUUUUUUCUAUUCUCAUUAGUUAGCAAACGGAUUGUUCAUAAACUAUAAACCCAAGCAAAAAUAACUAAAUUAAUAUGACUUAUUUGAAUUUAAAUUGAUUAAGUAAUUGAUAUUGUUUUAUUUUUAAUUAUUUUUCGACAUUAUAAUUUAUCAUUAUUAUUUUUACAUUAGCGACUCGCUUAAUUACGUGACGGUCCUCGAUUAUUAUUGAAAAAAGUUGCAUAAUUCUUAAUUUUAUGUUUUCGGAACUAAAUUGACUGAUUACACUGUGAUCCUAAGCUCUGUAAGACAAGUUUGAGUUGUCGUUUAUGAUUAUUUAUUGAAUAUAAUCGGGUGUGUAGUCGAGGGCCGCCUACGUUAGCGAGUACCAAAGAACACCGUUAUAGAAUCGAUUAUGAUGUGAUUUCGUGAUGGCAGCAUUUAGUCGUGAGCUAGGUACUCGUACUACAGUCGCGUACACACUGCUACAUCUCGUUACAUACAUAAGUCCUCACAUGUAACAUUCAGAUCUCCUCUAAUUGUAAUAGAGUUCAUUUUAUAUUUUUGUUCGACUGUAAACUUAGAAUUUAUUAUUUUUAAUAUUAAUCAUUUUUUUUUAUUAUAUUUUAAAGUCUUAGCAUCGUGUAAAUCGCUUAGUAUAGUAGAAGUUUGAAUCUUUGUAUUACUACGACCUCAUUUUCACGGUAAUGUAAAAUAUUACGAUGUACUAUAAGUUCACAUAGCGGUGGUUUGUUUUAUUGUCAACUAUUCUCGGUAUUUUUUAAAUAAAAUAGCACAAUACGAUAAAAUAACAAUUUCUAUCGGUUAAGAAGAAACAAAAAAUAUUUUUUACCAAAAAACCUAUUUUUGUUAUUAGAUUACAAAUGUAAAUCAAUAUAAAACAGUUAGUUCAUCACUUAGUAUGUUUUCAUUCUGUGAUCAAUUUACAUUUUAACGUCUGAAGGCCUACAGAGUGGUCUCGAUGGCGACCGCGGCGCUCGACGUCUCUGCUCACUUUAUUCAAAUAAUAUUUAAUAUACUAUAAAUAUGAAGUUUUCCAAUACAUUAACGACUGGUACUAAAAUAUUUACUAGGUAGGCUUUGGAGUCGCAAACGUUUUCAAGCAGAAAAUCUCCGUGUUCACCAAUAACUCUGUACUAACAAAUGAUUUGGAUGCUCUAUCGUAACGUAAGCCAAGUCGUACAAAUACAUGACUAUUUUCGAAGGUUUUGAUUCGCAAUAAUCGGCUUUUUGUAAAGUAAUUCUAGCGCUACAUAUCUGUCAUUAAUCAAUAAAUAAAUAAAUCGGUGAAUUGUGGUACGAAACGUGCACAAGUGAGCUGCACUGCCAGUAUAUGUCGUAAAUUAUAUAAGUAAGAAGCUUGUUGUACGAGUCCACAUAGUGGGCACUGUACUAGUGUAGGAGGCCCCUGACUCGCUCGGCCACUACCGACACGUUCUACUUAAUACAGAGGGCUUCGAAACGUACACACAUACUAUUGUACAUAUAGAUGCUGUAUAGAUAUUUAUAUGGUGGAUAUGCCUAUGUAUUGAGAAGCAUCUCGUAUGUGUGUCUAUGUUAAGGACACAUUUGUCUUAAGUUACACUAAGAUGGAAAUAAAAAUAAAUAAAAAUAGUAACAUCGAAA